AUGUGCUGCACUUUAGACGCUAUAAAUCUGGCGAAGACGUCGACACCGGUGGUGGAGAUCACCAAAGAUGGCGACGUGUUUUCGCUCAAGACGUUGACCGCCAUUAAGAACUCGGAGAUUAAGUUCGAGUUGGGAAAGGAGUUCGAGGAGGCGCGCAUGGAUGGCAAGAAUGUCAAGGGCAUCAUUGUGGAAAGUAUAGAUAGUCGAUAUCGAUACCUUUAG